AAAAUCCAAAGUUCAACCUUUCAUUAAUGGUGACAUAAAUGUAAAUGGUUUUCAGAGCACUCAAUAGCCACGGCAAGCUCCCACUGUGAAGUUUGUUGCGAGGUCGCCCGAGUCGUGCGUUUGUGUUCCCUCCUAUUUCCACUUUGGUCCUACCUCGCUCUGGGACACUCUUGACUUUGAUGAGAAACGUGUUCAACUAGCGGUUGGUCGGUCGGUCGGUCGGUUGGUUGUUGGGCUGCUGCUGCUGCUGUCAAACGUAAGGUAACAUGGAGUUGUUGCAACGACGACGGACGGACUAAAAAGUUUGGGUUGAGUUCUCAUCAUUAGUCGAGCCGCUAAGAACAGAGGGGACCAGCUGCAGCUACGUCGGAACAAGUUGUCAUUCUCCUAUUCGGCUACAGACAUGCAGAAGUUAAAUUCUACCGGUACUCACGGCGACACGCUGCCCCGGGACGCUGAGCUCCAGUUGCGGUUGUCAGAGAGCGGAGGAGCCGGGGACGGAAGGGAGAACGGGAAUCACUUGGUCCACCGGUCCGAGGAGGAGAGCUCGUUUUGCACCAAGAGGAAGAUGCUGGUCGGUUUGGAUGUAAUAUGCCUCUGUGUUGCCUCAAUCCCAUUUUUUGCAUGUGAGCUGAAGGCAGUGACUCCGUACCGGCGGGGCUUUUUCUGUGGAGACUCAAGCAUCACCUAUCCCUACGUGGCUAGAGAGGCCAUCCCUGACAGCCUGCUUAUCGCUGGUGGCAUAGCCAUCACCGGCCUCACAAUCGCAUUGGGCGAAUGCUACAGGGUGCGCUUUCGAGGCGUAAACUCGCGGGCUUUUGUCCGAAACCACUACGUGUCGUGUCUGUACAAGGAACUGGGAAGCUUCCUGUUUGGUUGUUGCGUCGGUCAGUCUCUUACGAACAUGGCUAAGCUGAGUGUAGGACGCCUUCGACCCAACUUCCUGUCCGUCUGUAACGUCACCUAUGAGUCCAUUAAGUGCGUUGCUGGCAACUACGUGUCCCAGGUCACGUGCCGGCAGCCCAACCAUAAGAUGGUGGAGGAGGCAAGAAAGUCAUUUUUUUCUGGCCAUGCUUCUUUCGCAAUGUACACCAUGCUCUAUCUGGCAUUCUAUCUUCAAGCCCGGUUAUCGUGGCGAGGAGCUCGGCUAUUGCGUCCACUCAUACAGUUCCUCUUAGUGAUGAUUGCCAUCUACACCGGCCUGAGCCGCAUCUCUGACUACCGCCACCACCCCACUGACGUCCUCACAGGCUUCGUCCAAGGAGGGCUCACCGCGUAUUGGGUGGCCUUCUACAUCUCUUCCAUGUUUAAGCCCUGCGCCCGUCCAGACCUGUCUCCGACUACUCUGUCCCUCGAGAGCCCGCUAUCCAGCCAGCAGACUGUCUGUUAGCUGGUGCUUGCGAUCGUUCCACGAAUGAAGAUGGACUGCAAUAAUAUAGGGAGAAUGACAGAUAGCACAAGCUGAGAAGCAGGGAGAACUAUCAUUUGUAAGUAAGGGAAUCAUUUCAAGAGAAACACAUGCUUCCACUUCUGGACAUAUAAAGACACAUACAAACAUACAUCUAACACGUUUAGAAAUAUAAAAAGCACAUUUGACUGCAAGUCAAACCCGUCCAGUGAAAAGAACUGCAUAGCAAUAAUCUUUUUUCUAUCUACUGUAUAUACUGCAUAGUAUAUAUUGUAUUCUUCAAGAGGAUUUUUAGAAGCUGCUAAUGUUUAAAGUUGCCAGUUUGAACUUUUUUGGGGAAUGGGGGCCUUUGGUGAGUGCAUUCAGUCUCCAGGCAGAACUCAUCGCUCUUAGCACAUGACUAAGAGAUGAAUAAAUGAUGUGUUCUCAGCUUGGAAAACAUCACCCAGCAUGUGUGAACCAAGACCAUCAGACCUCAUGUGUAAACAGAGCUCUGUACAAAGUGAGAGGACUGGCAGUGAUGAGGAUCAGGCACCGGCUCCAACUUCUAACCAUCUUUACUUUCAGCGCCGGAUGUGCUACCAUGCUAAUCAGACUGCCCCGUGACUAAACAAUAACCUGUACGUACGCAAAGAAAAGAAAUGUUGUGCUGUUAAACAAUCUUAUCUUUAUUAUUUGAUUAUCUAAGGCAGUGACAGGGAGGGAUCUGACCAGGUUACCUCCCUUCCCCUUUUUCUGUUCUAACCACUUUGACUGUGUCUCAGAGGGGGAGGUUUGACUGAAUUUUAUAAUAUAUGUUGCCCCUGGACUCCAAUCUCUGAGCUGCACCUUGAUUUAUGCCACUCAGACAGGAUAUAUGUGGCUGCGACCCCAGCAGUCCUCCUGUGCAACUUUAUUAAUAGCACUUGAACAUAGAUAGUGGAAACUUCUAACUAUAAUCAAUAUUAUAUAUUUUAUCACAAGUUGGAUUAAUCAGUGUUUAUUUUGUAAAUGUCAGACUCAUACACUAUAUUUGUUUAGUAAAUUUUUUUUGUUUUUUUUGAAUGAUAAUUAUUCAAGCUGAAUGUAAAUAGCAUUUUAUGUCAUUUUAUAAACCACACAGAAAUUUCAAAAGUAUUAGUUCAAGUUUUGGACAGCUUUUACGUGUAAGUGUUUGUAUUUACGUCCGUGUUGGUCAGGUACGGAGAGCUGCUCUCGUGCCUGUUGUAACCACUAGACUGAGCCACAGAUAUUAUCAGAAAGCUAUAUUUUUUUGUGUGUUCCCAGUAAUUGUUAUGUGUUUUGUCUGUGAAUGCCGCGACGGCAGAAAUAACCACUGUACUCAAAAAAACCAAACCAUUAAAAUGAAUGUUGAAUAUUUUUAA